UACGUCCUGUCUCGCUCACUCAAUUUGUGACAUUAACAUAGAAAGCCAAAUGUAGAUCUUUACGUGCAUUUUGUCAGAGGAAUUAGUUGUUUCAUGUUUUAAUUGAUUAUCAGUGACUAACGUUUAUUAAUAAAUUUAUAUUGUGAAAGAUUAUGAAAAAGGUUUACCAAGGCCUGCAGCACCAAGACUGGUUGAAACUGGAUGGCAAACGAUACUAUUACGGUUUAAUACGUCAGAAUUAGAGGGAUACAGCAAUCUUCAUUAUAUCUUGGAAGUCAAGCCACAUUGGGACCCUCAAGUUAGAAACAUAAUGGUUGUGUUUCCUUACACCAGGAAAUACCACUAUGUAAGUGGAUUUCGAUUUCUUACCCGUCCUGAAGGAAUAAUGAACCAAAUUAAUUUCGCGAACGCAGUAUUUUGCAUUCCAUCUCUUCAUUCAGUAGCUACUUAAAAGAAUAAUUAGACUAACUGAAGCUAGACUGCGAGUGGUCCCCCCUUUCCGCGGUUUUAUCUUCCCGGGCGUGUGAGGGAAAGUAGGUGGCUUUGGUGGCCAAGUGGUUAGCGCACUUGCCUUUCACCUCUGAGGAUGCAGGUUCGAGUCUCACUAAGCACCUUCUCAGUGCGACUCGAACCCAGUCCCCAUGUGAAAAGAGUAAAAGUCAACGCUCUGCCGAAAGCCGUGGGUUUUCCCCGGGUACUCCGGUUUCCUCCCACAGGGAAAGUUGACAGGGUGGGUUAGGUAAAAAAAUUGUGGUGACCCUGCCCUAGUUGGCAAAGCUAAAUAAAUAUAUCAAGAAACGAAUUCCGCCCACUUUUUGCUCUUGUCAAGUUAUAGUAGCUCUGCCUUUGCAAAAUACUUAUAUCCAAUUAAAUCUAUCCAAUAGGAACCGUUAAUUUAAGCCUGUCAUGUUUAUUAAUUAUAAAAUCAACAUUCAGUUUGGAAAUUAUUGAUAGUAUAAUUACUACUACAUACCAAAUUUGAUUGACAGGCACAUCGAUUUCGACCAAUGGGAAUUUUGCGUUGUGUGGGCAACGCGUAUUUCGUUUCUCGCCAGUCCCUCCUUUCUUCUGAGGGACUGCUCGCGAUCUAAAAUGAAACAAGGUAUUUAAAGAAACGGUGCGGAAAUUAGAGAGUGGACAUGCACAAUACCAAGCAUAUCCUGAAAGAAAUAUUCAAAAAGUAAUUGAAUUAGUUUUCGGUACACAUGGUCCAUUUCAAAAUAAUAAAUGAAAUUUAUCAUCUUUUUGAAGAUCUUUUUAAAAACAUUGGAUCGUCUGAGAUUCUGCGUUUGCCUUAACAAUCGACAAACCCCUUUUUCAAGUUUGUAUAAAUUCUGUAAUGAUUCGGAUAUGAUAUUGCAUUUUACCCACUAUAGACCAACCAAACAACAUAUGCCGUUAAAGAUCUUGAACCGAAUACUGGUUAUCAAUUCAGAGUAAUCGUUAUAAAACUGAAUAAGUCGUCACCAUAUAGCAACUGGAGUAAUGUUAUUACAACAAGAAGUAAGUGCAAAACUGACAAUCUUUUAAAGCAAUAUGAUGAUCCAGGGGAGUAUAAUUAUUGUGUGCCUCGUAAGAUAAUGAAGCACAUCUAUAUAGGCUAUAUGAAUGGUGCCGGUAUAUAAAUUUUUAAAGCUUCGCGAAAGCGACAAUAAAUCCCAGGAAGGGCCCAGAAAAAAUGGCAUUUGACGGUGAUAGUAUAAGAACGUUUAUGGCCCCGUUUACACUAUACCGGAUUGCAUCGGAGCGUAGCGAUUUUCAUACCACAUUCGGCUGCUGUUUACACUACGCCACAGUAAUCCGGUACGCGACGCGGAGCAAAAAUCACUCCGCUUUGGAGGUGAUAUGAAAAGUAAUCCUGUAUGUGCCGGAGCAGUGUAAACAGGCUAAUCCGGUACGCUUCGGUACAAAAUCGGUUUUGGCGUGUAUGUUUUAACAUUGUCGCCUUUAUUUGCUCGUUUUUACAAUAGUUUAUAGCUGUUGUUUGUUUCGCCUUACAAUCAUUUACUGACAAAUAAAGAAAAUGAUAAUAACACUGACUUUUCGCUUUCGAAAGAGCAAAAUUUAAAGAAAUACUCGUCAAUUUUGGAUUAGAGCGAAACGAAGCAACGUCUGGUGGUCAAGCUUCUUAAACAAAGUUAUACUUUACAAAGAAAACGGGUGUUACUUCUUGUUUUUAAUAAAUUUUGGUAUAUUGGUGUAAUAUAUCGAGAUAAAAGUGUGUUUUAAUCUAUUACUCGUUUACUUAAAUACACAAUGAUUAAUUUACAUAACUAUAGCCUAUAGAAUAUUACAGAAUAAUUUGAAUAUACUACAAUCCCCUUUCAAAAAAAAAAAACUAACAUUUUUUUCCCCUUUUUUCUUAUUUGAAUGUACUAUAAAUGUAAUAAGUUCCCUAAAUAUAGUGUUCUUAAUCGUCAUAGUGUUCUUAAUCGUCAUAGUGUUCCUACAUAGUGUUCCAUAUUUUCCUACAUUGUUUUAAAAUGUCUCUAUUAAUACCUAUUUGGUUGUUUAACCAAUCGUCCCGAACGUGUACGAUAACCCUCUGCACCAUCAUUGCUCGCUUGCUGAUGUUCUGGGCUUCUUGACUGCUGUUCAUGUUCCGUAAUUUCGGGUUGCUUCGACUGUACGUUCGUUCCCGAAUCUGUGUGUAGAAUAGACUGAUCAUGCGACGCGUCUCUAUGUAAAUGUCUUCGAUUGCGGCGAUAUACAGCCCCUUCUGGAGUCUUGACUAAGUAACUUCGAGGCGUAUCUGCUAUUUCGAUCACUUUCCCAGGUCUCCAUUCACAUUACUGCUUGACACGUACUGCUUCACCAGUCUUUAAUGGUUGUAAAGGCUCGGGCGACUUGUCAUAAUUGGAUUUCUGCUCAGCCUGCUUUUUCUGGAACAUGCUUUGUGUUUCGCGAUAACAAACUGUUUCAGGAAUUAAGUGAUUCGUUGUGCAUGGUAGAAGUGAACGCAGACGUCUUCCCAUGGAUAGUUGUGCAGGUGAUUUGUAGCUAGCCACGGGUAUAUUGCGUUGUUCUAACAAAGCGAGGUAUGGAUCUCUUCGAUCACGUUUGGCUUUCUCUAACAUUCUUUUGGCGGUUUGCACGGUCUUUUCUGCGAGCCCGUUGGACUGUGGAUACUUCGGACUUGAUGUCAUGUGGGAGAAUUUCCAAUUCGCUGCAAACGUAUCGAACUCAGCAGAACUGUAUUGUGGACCAUUGUCCGAUUUCACUGUCUCCGGUAUUCCGUGUCUCGCAAAGGUUUCUCUUAACUUGUUAAUAACUGCUGUACUCGUUGUGCUGUGUAGUACUGCAAUCUCCCAAUAACGACUGUAGUAAUCAACAACUAGAACAUAACUGCUACCAUUCCACUCAAACAAAUCGCUAGCAACGAUUUGCCAAGGAUACUGAGGGAUUUCGUGGGGAAUCAUCGGCUCUUUGGGAUUGCUUAGCCUGAGCUGUUGGCACGUCGUACAGUUGGACACGACAUCUUCGAUCUGCUUAGACAUACCGGGCCAGAAUACCAAUUCCCGAGCUCGGAGCUUACUUCUUUCCAUUCCGAGAUGUCCUUCGUGAAUCUGUGCCAAAAUACUUUUCCGCAAUGUUCGUGGAACAACGAUAGAUUCGCCCUUGAAAAUCAGACCAUCAACCGCUAUCAAUUCGUCUCUAUAUGCCCAAAACUCGCUGACGUCUUUUGACACUCCAUUUUUGUGGUUGGGCCAACCUUCUUGGAUUAUUCUUGUCAAUUUGACCAUAAUGCUGUCAUUAGCUGUUUCCUGACGCAACUCUGCCAAUUUCUUGUCACUCACUGGUAGGUUUGCUAUCGCCGUGUGCACACAUAGAACAAGAUCUUCGUCGUCGUCGUCAGAAGUAGGAAGGUGAGCCCUCGAGAGUGUGUAUCUGCAGAAUAGAGCUCUUUCCCAGGUUUAUAACGUAGGUCGAUGUCAUAGCGCUGUAACCGUAAGAGCAUGCGCUGCAACCUUACUGGCGCCUUGUUGAGUGGUUUAGAGAUGAUUGAAAUGAGUGGCCUGUGAUCCGUCUUCACCAACACUUUCUUGGCAUAGAUGUACUGAUGAAACCGCUCGCAAACAAACAUAACUGCCAAUAAUUCUUUCUCGAUUUGAGCGUACUUCGACUCAGUCUGUGUUUGCGAACGAGAAGCAUAGGCUAUUGGUGAACCGUUUUGCAUCAAUACUGCACCCAACCCAGAUUUGCACGCAUCUACUUGCAGCUUUACUGGCAACUUUGUAUCGUAAUACUUCAAUACUCCGGGACUCGUCUCCGUUAAAAGACGCUUGAUACCUUGAAAUGAUUGUUCAGGACGCUCAGUCCAGUGCCACGCAACAUCUUUCUUGAGGAGUUCGCGUAGAGGUGCCGUUACUUCCGAGACAUGUGGUGCGAACUUCGUCACAUAGUUCACCAUUCCGAGCAAACGUUGAAUUCCAUGCUUGUCUUCCGGAACUGGCAUCUCCGUGAUCGCUUUUAACUUAGAUGCGUCUGGCUUGACUCCAUCUCCGGUAACUACAUGCCCAAUGUACAAAACUUUGGUGCGUCUGAUCUGGCACUUGUCAGGAUUUAGCUUAAGAUUGCUUUGUCUUGCUCUCUGCAAAACUUUCUCCAACCUUUCGUCGUGCUCUUCUAUCGUAGUGCCCCAGACCAGGAUGUCGUCGAUGUCAGUCUCAACACCGUCAAGAUCUUGGAAAAGCUCAUCUAUCCUGUUGUGGAAUACUUCCUGGGCGCUAUGAAUGCCGAAAGGCAUACGUGUAUAACGAUAUCUUUCGAAAGGUGUUCCGAAAGUUGUAAGAUAUGAACUCUCUUCGUCCAAAGGAAUUUUCCAAAAUCCCGAUCUUGCGUCAAGAGUAGAGAAAUACUUCGCUCCACUCAGUCUUGUAGUAAUCUCUUCUAUCGUAGGUAGAUGGUAAUGUUCUCGCUUGAUUGCUUUAUUAAGGGGCCGCGGGUCUAUACAAAUUCGCAAUUUGUCAGUAUUUUUCUAUUCCACGACGACCAUCGCAUUUACCCAGUCGGUCGGUUGAUCCACUGCCACGAUUAUACUCUGGUUGCACAUUUCAUCUAGCGCGUACUUGACUCGAUCCUCCAAACCAAACGGAAUUCGUCUUGGGGGAACUAUAACUGGUUGCACUGCAGAAUUCAGCUCGAUGUGAUAAGGCCGCUCUAAACAUCAGAUUCCCGAGAAAACAUCCUGAUAUUCUGUUUUGACUCUCUUCGCAAACGCUUCGGUUCCUUCUUCUUUAUGCUCUAUGACGGUGACAAAUUCUAUAAGACCAAGUUUCUUCAAAUUCUAUAAGACCAAGUUUCUUGCAUGCGGAAAUACUGAGAACUGGUUCACUCUCGAUGCUCGUGAUAUAGAAUUCCAAAUUAUGAAUUGUCCCUUUGUAUUGACAUUGUAACGUGCAGACAGCUUCGACCAGGAUAUUUCCUCCAUUAUAGGCACUCAAACAGGCUUUCGGCUUUCUAAGCUUUAUCUUUGAAGUUGUCGCAACUUGCUUGAAAAUUGAGCAUGGUAUCACGUUUACCUCAGCUCCCGUAUCCAGCUUUAAUCGAAUGUCGUGAUUGUUCAAUGACAGUGUUACAUGUUCAGUUUCAGACUGUCGAAUCCGAUCGACAGAUUCAACUUUGACCGUCUCUAGAAACAGAUAUUCGUCACUUUUCUCUUGUCGACACGAGUCCACGCUUUUGCUUGAACGGCAUAUUCUUGCAUAAUGGUUCAUCUUUUUGCAUUUAUUACAUUGUUUACCAUAAGCUAAACAUUGUCCCUUUGGAUGAAUUAGACCACAAUUACCACAGGCAUUACGCUUGUGUUCAUGUUUCCCUUCAGUAGCUUUCUUUGCUUUUUGUGUUUUGUCUGACUUGCUUUUGUUCUGAACACGGUUCACUCCCCCGCGUUUUACUUGAUUUACAUGAUUCGCUUCACUGCCAAACAACUUCAUUUGUUGUCUUGAUAACUCAUCUGCUCUGCAAAUCUCGACAGCUUUGUUCAAUUUCAACUCUGAUUCUUUCAAAAGUCGUUCUCGAACAACUCUCGAAGAUAUGCCGCUUACAAUUCGACUACAUAUAAGAUCGUCUUUUAAGUCUCCCCACUCGCACGCCGCCGCUAAAGUUUUUAGUUCUGUUACAUACUGAUCUACCGACUCGCCGGUGUUUUGAUCUCUUGUGAGGAAACGAUGCCGUUCAACAACGAGAUUCUUCUUGGGUUUACAAUGCGCUUCGAAUUUGUCGAAAAGGAUUGCUGUGGUGAUCACUUGUUGUCCAUUUUCACGAGUUUCAAAUUCGAACGUGUCUUUAAUUUCUUGCCCGUCUUUACCAAUCAUACACAUGAAAAUUGCGACUUUCUGUGGCUCGGUUUUUCCGGUGCAUGUCGCUAUCAAGUAAUACUCCAUGCUACGUCUCCAGCGUCUCCAUGUCUCUGCUAGAUUUUGUGGGCUGGUGAAAUCCAUUUCACCGGGUCCUCUUAUUUCAUUCAUUUUGAACGUUAUAAAGUCUACCUGACACCAUGUAAUAUAUCGACAUAAAAGUGUGUUUUAAUCUAUUACUCGUUUACUUAAAUACACAAUGAUUAAUUUACAUAACUAUAGCCUAUAGAAUAUUACAGAAUAAUUUGAAUAUACUACAAUUGGUUACUUGUUUCCAUGGCGACAGUGAAAAACAUGAGCUGGCAACAGAGCGAAGCGGUAUAGUGUAAACACCCUUGUUUUUUUACUUCGGAGUAAAAACUAAUCCGGUCUGAAAAGUAAUCCGGUAUAGUGUAAACGGGGCCUAAACUGGUUUGCCCAAAUUAAAAAAAAUGGCAUGGUGGAAAAGACGUAUAGUAGUAUGGUGCGGGGUACGGAUUCUAUUAAAAUGUCUUUUUACUCUAAGGAAUCGAUUUUUUAUUAGACUCGUUAAGAAAGCAUGGAGUAUGCCAAGAAAUGUUCACAUUAAGUUGAAUUCUAAUUAAACUCUGUCAAAAAGUAGCAUUUAAAAAUCUUAACAUUCGAUUUUAACUACACUCCGUAUUUUCCAUCUUCCAGGGCAUGGUAGUAAAUGCGAAAUCUGUCAUCUUCAUUUCCCCUGUCACAAUCUAUGGGGAACCACACUGUUACCGUGUUAGCUGUUAAGCUAGCGCUACACUAUGAUUGCAUGGUUAUUUUCGGAAAUGACCUUUUUGGAUAACUCUAAUAUAAUAUAAUAGUGCCAUGCAGUUACAAAUACGUUAAUUGUUCGAAUUAAUUUUUAGAAAUUUGCAAGAAACGUUCAUGUGGUGUAACUAAUAUUCGCUUGGAAUUGACGAGCCGGAAACCUUAUCAGAAGAACGAGGAAUUGAAAGCCAAAUUUAACUGGAAGCCUGCAUUACGUAUGUAUUAUAAAUUGGUUUAUUACUACACAUAUUUAUUACUAGAGUUAACAUUAUAGGAUUGGGUCAUGAUGAAAAGACUGAGAUUAUUAUAGGUACCUGUAAUAACGUGGUUUCGAGUUAAUUUGGAUAAAAACAUGCAGGACAGUGAGUUUUCAACGAGCAUCAAAAUAGCAUGAAUCCGAAGGACGAGAGCUAUUUCAAGUCUUUGGAAAAUUCAAGAGACGUGUUUGUUUUAUCCAGACUUGCGAGCAACUAUCGUAUUAAUUACGUAUUAAGAGUUUUAAAUUUCUACAAACUCGCGUGUUGGUUUUUUCCAAACCAAUCCGAUAGCACGAACCGAUUGCCAAAUACGCAUUAGAGAGGUUAAGAUACCCCGAUUCCGGUUUACGGGUACGGAUGAUAUACACGUACCCGUACCCGUAAAUCGGGGAAUAACUUGUAACUUAAGAAAUCCAAGAUACUCCGGCGUGAGAAAACCGAUCAAAGAAUGGCAACUUUCGCUGUUGAGGUUCGUCGUAAAUUGUUGAAAACUUUGACCAGCAUAUGUGCAUUAUUUAUUGGGGUAAGAUGCUGAAAAUUUGUACUAUUUAAACGGCCCAAAAAUAGUAAACAGAAACCACCCGUACCCGUUUGUCGUUUACGUGUAGACCCCGGUUUACCGCGGGGAAACGGGUAGAAAUUACGGGUAAAAUUGCUGACAUCAGCAAAAAUUGGUAAACAAAAUGGCGAUACUCGUACCCGUAAACCGGAACCGGGGUAUCUUAACCUCUCUAUUGUCUAAUAAUAAGAUAGCGUUGUGUUUCUUGUGAAGUCUGUGUUAUAGUAAGUUUUUACAGCGCCCAAAUACCGAAAAAUAUUUUUUUGGAAAAAGCUAAACAAUACAUAUUAAGCAAACAGCUAGUGGGCUCUUUAUUGGCAUGGAUCGAUAGAAAUCAAAGACUCGCAAGCGUGGCAAUAGUCAUUUAGAGUGGCAUUUUAAAUUUUCAAAAUGUUCUAACCUUUGGAGCCUGUAAAAAGGCUAGAACAGUUGCCAAUGUCAAUUAAAUGUACCCACAUUGCGCAUUUCGUGCAAAAUUUAGACGGCCAUUGGUUUUUUCCAGGAACAAAAUCAUAUCGUUUGCUAUUUUUGUUGUCUUGCACUAUAAACCCAGUGCUAAAAGUCAAAACCUUACAGCAAUCUUCGAUAUAUUACCCCAAUGAUGAAUUUAAAUUCUAUAUCAAUGAUAAUGUAAUUAUAUCAAUUCUGUUUCGCAGUCUCUGAGAGAGACAAGACGCAGCUGAAAUAUAUUACUGAAGAACUUUCUAGCCUGAUGAGGAAUGGUAACUGCUAUCCGGGAAAAUACCCGACGAAAGAUAGCCAUUCAGUAAGUAUGUGCCGUUUACUUCUUGUUCUAAAAAGAAAAACUAUGACGUUUUAAUACGAUAAUUUCAUGGAGAGAUUUUCCGCACACUGCCUACCUCCUCCGCAGGCCAUACAACCCGUAAUGAAUAUGCCCGUUCGCAGGUUAAAAUUUGAAAUCUGAGACGAAGCUGCUGUAAGGCCUGCUGAAUAACAUGUCGAUUACUUGACUUAUAGUGUCGAUUACUCGGUUGGAUCAAAUUUCUUCAAAAAUAUGGCGCAUUGUAAAUAGUGUUUUUUGAUUGUGAAUCGAACAAGUCUACAACGAAAAAGAUAAGUUCGAAGAGGCCGAAGUUGUGUUCGGCGAAAGGUAUGGCUUUAGCGAUACAUUUGAGGCAAAACCCAACUGGGGAAGACAUGAAGGGCAGAAAUGAAAUGGCACUCAUGGUAAAAAUCUUGUUUUGGAAUUAUACCUAUUAAUUUAACCUGUACGUUUAAUUAGGUACAGCUGCCUAUUAGUUAUCGGUAUCGUACCAAAACUUGUAGGUGAUUGUAAACCACAACACUAGUGAAUGCGUAUGUGGAAAAGUUAAACCCUCUCUGUUAUUUUAAAGUAAAGUGUUUUUCCUUUAGGCUAUAACAUCUAACAGCUCUGAUGAAAAUCAGCAAGUAUAUUAUGAUUGUUGGUACGAGUUAAAGGUACGUUCAUUCAGAAUAAGCUGUACAUCAUUUUCCUUGUUUCUCCACACGUUUAUAGUUGACAACCAAUAAUUUGCCCUUCGAUUUAAACAAGGAAAUAUAGCUACAGUAUAUCUACCAAUCAUUAUUUUACAAUGAAAGACGUUCUUUUACCCUAAUUUAUUCCAGACUGUUUGAAUUUUAUAGAUGGCAGCAGUGGAUGAUUACUUUUGGUCAACAGCAGUUGCAGGAGAAAGAACCCGGAUAUUCCACGUACCUAGUAAGUAUAGGUAAUCAUGCAAUGGCGAGUACAAUUAGGGAUUAAUAGUACGAGUGUAUGUAUUUUCAAAUGGCAGGAC